AUGAUUUGCUCUAAGGGACUCUACUUCAGUAUUAUUAAAAAUAGAUGCGAUUGGAGAGCCCUUGUGAGAUGUGGUGAUAGAGUUGUACUCGAUAAACCAGACCGCGAAGAAGAGCUUGAAAUACCAAAAACUACAGAAUCACCAGAAAAAAAUAACACGAUUGUGGAGCCUCAGAAACCUGAAUCACCAGAAAUUGAAUUAUUGCCUAAUGGAUGUCCAGUCGACCCUGAAGUACACUGGUUAAUACCGAAUGAGAAGUUCUGCAAUUUGUUCUACUAUUGUGUGGAAGGCGAGAGAGAACUAAGACGAUGUCCAUUCUGGUUGCACUUUAAUAGAAAGCUUCAGGUAUGUGAUUGGCCGAAGAAUUCUGGAUGCAUAGAGGUACUUGCUGAAUAA